AUGAAAAAAACUCCAGAAAAAGUACUUAACCUAUUAACUGACUGGAUGAUAAAUCAGAAUGGACCAACAUUCCGUAAAUUAAUCCGCAAUGGAUAUAGACAUAAACUGGCAGUAAUACCACCACCCGAAAUAUUACAAAACAGACUGGAUAUAUAUCACAAAUAUCUUAUAACUGUUGAAUCGUGCCAGAAUUUAUUUGGAUAG